AUGUCCUACUCUACAGCUACUUUCACAUCUGCCAUGUUCAAUAUUCUUCCUGCAAUUGCAUUUUUUAUGGCCUGGAUCUUUAGGCUUGAGACAGUAAACAUUAGGAAACUGCAUAGCCAGGCAAAGGUUCUUGGGACUAUAAUCACAGUUGGAGGAGCUAUAAUAUUGACACUAGCCAAAGGGCCUGCACUAAAUUUGCCAUGGACAAAGGGCAAAAAUCAACAUCAUCCUCAUCAUCAAAUGCAAAGUGAUUCAAACCACAAAGACAUCACAAAGAGUGCUCUAUUGAGUGCAGCAGCUUGUUUCUGCUGGUCUAGUUUCAUCAUUUUGCAAGCAUUUACACUUAAGAUCAUAUCCUUGUAAGCUCUCCCUGGCAGCUCUUACAUGUUUUUGGGGUCUGGUGGAAGGAGCAAUCCUGGCCCUUGCAGUAGAAUGGAGGAACAGUAAUGCAGACUGGUCCAUACACUUGGACAUAAGACUUUUAGCAGCAUUU